GUUCCAAGAGUCUUCCCACACUAGUCACCUCUUGCUGUGGAUGCCGAAGGCUGACAAGUUGGAAAAAUUAACAAGGGUCAGUCGGCGUAACUUUCGAUGAGUGUUUUGUGAUGACUCCCUUGGUGUGGGGACAUUCGUCUGCCUGUCUUUGUGAAGCACAUUGACAGAAAUGAGUAAAGACGAUGCACCAAUCGAAAUGGACCUGGCUUUUGGAUCAGCUAAGCCCUAUGGGUCUUCAAGAAGUAUUGUGAGGAGAAUAGCUACUAGUCUGCCUCUGAAACCUUGCCCCAGGGUUCACUUUCAGCUUUAUCCUUACACUGAAGACGCCGGUCUCCUGAUAGGCACCAGGAGGCAGAUUGGUUUGGUGGCCUCUCUGGCUGAUGUCGGCUGGAUCGACGGGGAUGAGGAGGAUGCGGAAGACUACUUUGGCAGGCCAAGAUCAGGGAUCCCUCCAGGACUCCUGUUCAGAGCCCGCCAGCCUCACCCUCACACUUUAACCCGCCGGAGGUCGCUACCAAGCAUACACCAGGGGCCUCCAGACCCCCAGGGUCCCACAGUCGCUAAUGACGAGGCAAUUCAGAAGAUCAGUGCACUGGAGACAGAACUAGCCAAACUCAGAGCUCAGAUAGCACAAAUCGUGUUGGCUCAGGAAAAAAACACACAGACAGGCGCACCUCCACCUCCUCCCCCACCUUCUGGCACCCUACCUCCCCCACCCCCACCUCCUCCCCCACCUCCACCACCACUGCCACCCCCAAAUCUCCAGAGGACAUUUUCUGCCAUUGACUUGAUAAAAGAGCGCAGGGGGAAGAGGACAGAAGGUCAGACAGUUUUGGAACAGAGGCCAUUGGAGAUCCCAAACAUGCUGGAUGUACUGAAAGACAUGAGCAAAGUUAAGCUGAGAUCAGUCAAAAGUCGUUCAGUGGAUAAUGAUGCCAAAUCAAAGCCCAGUGAGCCGGCAGAUGCUGCAGCUUUAAUUGCAGAAGCCUUGAAACGCAAGUUUGCCCACCGCUAUCGACACGACAGCGAGCGAGACGACACAGAGGACUUCAAACUUCCUGUUCCAGAAGCAAAGCCUAAAACCCAAACCCCUUUGUUUGGACAGCACAUGUUAAGACAAACUGGAAAAAGGAAGCUGCUGUGAACAGGUGAUUCAGGUGUACUGCGGACUCUUGAAAGUGCCUUACUAAGCCUUUAACACCAGCUGUUUCAGAGGAGAAAGGGACUCUGCCUCGGCUCGUCAGUCAUCUUAAAGUGUUGCAUUCAAUGAUCAUUUUGACCAUCUGUUUUUGCACUUUUAUAACUUAAAUUAGCCUUCUGUUUUCUUGUUUUUGUUCUUUUGAAUGCUUUUGUUUUUGUGUUGAAUCAUCAAAAGUUCACUACUUUAUGAUCACGAGUUAAAGUGUCAGAGGCUUGAGCCUUUGUCAAAGCAACACUACAGAAUUGUUAGAUGUUUGUGAUAUGGUUCAGUCAUUGUUCAUUCCCAGUUUCUUCUAUCAGAGCACUUUCUUACUCAUGGAACAGAGUGCUGUUUGUUGAUAGUAUAUAUUUUUGUGAAGACUUGUAGACUAAUUUAUGAUCGGGAUGCUCUUAUUUAUGUUGAAGUAGAUAAUCAUGAUUUUAAAACUGCUAAUUAUUAUGUUUGUCGUUAGGUUUUAAACUGUUGUUUCAGUUGUGUCCCAGUCUUGCCAAGGUCUUAUUUUGAUUCACACGCUUCCAUCCCAGUUUUAUUUGACUUAUUCUCUUGUAAGUUUUGUGGUAGAAAGCCAAAGACAUUCCAAUGAUCUGUGAGAUUUUGCCUUUAAGUGCUAACAUUUAACUUUAAUUUUCCUAGUUAGGAUGGUGCUUUAGCGAUGCAGAAACAGACCCUGUAAUGCUUCACUAGAGUUCAUAUUUCUAGUUUUCUCACCAGUACAGGCACAUGUGCAAUGUUUAGUUUCUUUAUCAGUAACUCUGUGAUAAGACUUUGUCACGAAACGACUCUCACAGAACGUUUGUUUCUGAGAUAAUCAUCAGCAUAGAAGUGGCACGGUUUUGUAGUUACCUCUAUUGUCCAAAGGCACCUCCUGUUAUCAGUAUCCCAAAGGUAUCUAUCAUGCUUUUGUGCCAGUAAUCACCACAUUUUUACUCCUCCGUUAAAGAAUGUGUCCCAGAGCGUAUCGACUCCUCAGGGUCACGUUAGGCAGUAUUUUCUUCAAAGUGACUGACUGUACGCUGUUUCAUAUUCUGUCCUCAAUGAAAGUUUAGUUGCUGCUUUAGAAUAACUCUUUUGUUACCUUUUAUAAACAAGGGAAGCUGGACAGGAUGUGUCUGUUGUCAUAAAGUGAUUUAAAUUUACUAUUCAAGGAUUGCCUUCAUUAAAGUUAUCUAUUGUUGUCAAAUCUCUCAAUAAAAGUUAAUGGUUUGUCCUGACUUGAA